AUGUACGGCCAAGGCUACAACAACAACAACCAGUACGGUGCCCCCACCGGCUACCAGCAGCAGGGCGGAUUCCAGCAGGGCGGCGGCUAUGGCCAGCAGCAGGGCUGGAACCAGCCGCCACCUGGGCCCGGCAUGGGCGGCCCACCUCCCCACAUGGGCGGCGGCGGCAUGGGCUUCCCCCCUCCCCCUCCCCAGCAUGGCUACCAGGGCGGUGGUCACGGCUAUGACCAGCAGCAGCAGCAGUACGGCCAGCAGCAGCAGUACGGUGGCGGCCAGCAGUACGGCCAGGGCCAGGGCCAGUCGUCUGGCUACUACGGCGGACAGCAGCAGCAGCAGGUUGGCCAGUACGGACAGCAGCAAGGCCAGCAGGCUGGUCAGCGCGACCAGGGCAACGUGUCGAACGAGGACCUCCCAUACCCAUGGAUCCGUGAAUGGGACGAGCAGUACAAGACCGUCUACUACGUCAACCCCACAACCACGCCCCCUAGCACCUCGUGGACCCACCCCGGCAUGGCCCCGGGCCAGGUGCACUCGGAGCAGAUCGAGACCCACCGCGAAGCCGAUACUCUGUACCAGCAGGACGCUGGCGCGGCGGGCGGCGGGCAGACGGGCGAGCGUGGCUUCAUGACCAACGCGGCGGUCGGUACCGUUGGCUACAAGGUCCUCGGCUCGCUGCUGAAGCGUAACGGCCACAACAUCGUCGGCGGCGGUGGCUGGGGUGCUGCUCUCGGUAUGGGUGCCGCUGGCGCCGGUGGUGUCGCUCUCCUCGGCAAGCUCUUUGGCGGCAAGGACACCAACAAGUACGGCCACAGCAUGGGCGCCCCUCCCUUCCUCUCCUCCCUCAUGGGCGGCGGCGGCCAGCAGCAGCAGCAGCAGUACGGCGGCGGCUACAACCAGCAGUACGGCAACAAGUGGUAA